GCUAGAGUCAUACCCCCUACUCCUCAUUAUGCCCACUCACCCUACAUGCAAAGUGUCAUUGGGACACCACUACCUUCACGGGUAUGUGCAAAAUGUAGGGGUAGGGCUAAAAAGUAGGGUGAGGGGGUGUAUUGGGAUUGGGCCAAAGUCUACACAAGGUAAGUCUACUCAAGGUAGUUAAUUUUGAUUGUUAUUUUGUUCAAAGAAAACUUUAGCGUUGAUGCGCAUGCGUGUGCAUGCUUAGUAGCGUUGGGCAGCUCUUUUUUAUGCAUUUUGACAGAACACUGGCUCGGUUCAAAGAACCGUGAAUCCCAUCUCUCCUUUCAGCACAUGCGUGACGUAAUCGCCAUUCUGUCUGAUGAUUGGUCGACAGCCAACAGGUGAGCAGCAGCUCUGAUGUCUCAUAAAAAAUGUAACAGUUUCAUUUUAGUGCUCAUGUCGCUGCAGGUGAGUCUCUGCUCUACUGAAUAAUCCAUUUGAAUAAAUAUACUUCUUAAAAUGAGAAACGAUCAGAUAUAUAAAUUAUUAUUCAAUGCUAGUUAAACUAAUAUAGUUUUGUUCAGAAAAUAACCACAUUAAAUAUGUUGUGAUGUGAGUUUAAAAUCACGUUUUAUUAAUUUAGCGUUUUCUUUUCAGAUAGAUACUUAUCAUGGAUGUUGACGGUUUCAUUUCAGGUCUUGAGGGCUUGGAUCAGAUUGGUCCGUCCGUCUACCGCGUGGCAAUGAAACUUCAAAGUCUACAGAACAUCUGUCACAUGGAUGUUGUUUUGCUUCAACACAUCACAGCAGCACUCAACCUGGGUAGCGCACCUAUGCGGGAUUGCAUGCUCAGCAAGCGGGAAGUAACUCAGAGCCUAAAGAGGAUGUUCUGCAACACGUCCGUGGAACUGUCGAGUCAUGUGAUGCUGGAGGCGUCUGAGCAGAUAUGCAGUUUGAUGUUCAGGAUGUUUGACAGGAAUGAGUCGGGUCACAUUGCAACACUUUCUCUUUACGUUGCUCUCAUCUGUUUAUCGGCUGAAACUCUGCUGCUAAAAUAUAGAGGUUUUGUGUGCGCAGCAACAAAUGUUUCUGGGUCCAUCAGCAGGGCUUCCCUCAGAGCGGUAUUGGAGGAUGUGAGCCAGGUUCCUGCAGUAGUCCAGGAGGAAGGCGUGUUUGGUGACGUUGAUGAGGCGGUCGAGUCGUGUUUUCAUGGGGUGCUGACCCACACCGUAAAAAGGGAACACGUGUCUUCAUGGCUGCAGAGUGAGCCUCAUCUGUUACUAUGGUUACCUGUCUUGUUUCGUCUCUCCGUGAGUCAGAAGGUUGUUCACAACGUCCGCUGUCACAUUUGCAAGACAUUUCCCAUCAGCGGACUCAGGUAUCGCUGCAUGAGGUGUGUCAGCUUCCAUCUGUGUCAGAGCUGCUUCCUGUCUGAGCGACACACACGCAAACACAAGAGUCACCACCCAGUCACUGAGUUCUGUACACAGCCCACCUGGCGAGAGUCUCUCUCCUACAUGGCGCGCUGUGCUGGUCACUUCCUGUCACCACGGCGAUUUAGUCAAAGAGGAACUGACAGGAGCAGAGGCCUGCAGGGGAAUCAACGCAGUCAUCUGCCCCCACAUUGGACCAACACCACUGAAGAAUGCAAGAGUAGAACCUCCCACGAUUCCUCAGUGCAUCCUCACUCCUCUUCAUCGAUAUCACUGCAGACUGAAGACAUGCUGAUAAAACAGUCGGAGGUGUCCACUUUGCUGGCUGAAGUCAGAGACCUCAACAGAGACAAGAGGCUGUUAGAAGAGGAGAUGAAGGUGUGGCGUCUCGCUGUUCAAUUAGAACACAGUGUGCUGGAAGAAAGGUGCACAGAGAUGGAGAUCACCAUGGAAACAGUCCGAGAACACAAUUGCCAUCUGCAGGCCCAGAUCAAGAACGAAGCCAAUUAUGUCCCACAGCAGGACAAGGUGGACACUAUAGAAAAUAUGUUGACUUCAUCUGAAGCAGACAGGGGCACAGACGCAGACCUGAAUAAAGAAUUCCUAUUGAAGACAGACAACCAGUGGAGUGAAAAUGAGGAAACGAUAUCAACCAACCAGAAAAUACCUUGGUCACAUGACAUCCACUAUGAAGAGGCGGAGUCAGCAGGUGAACGCCUUCUUUGUCAAUCAGUACAACAGGAGAUUGCAAAGAAGGUGGAGCCUCUGCAGGACACGUGUAUGGUUGAAUCAUGUGGUCCAGAAGAGCUGCUGCAGGAAACGGCGGACAGACUGAGUGUCUUGUGGACAUGCAGGAGGAAAGACAAACAGUCAGGUGAUGAGAAGGGGGCGGAGCUUAUUGAGGCUGCGAACCUGAUUGGAGACUCGUUACGCUGCCUUGUAGACACAGUGAGACAAGUCCAGCCCCACACUAUAGAUUGUAUGUUGAACUGAUGUCUAUUCUGAAAUAUAUUUAUUAAAAAUCU